CUCGUCAUCUUCACGCACACUUGAUCUUCAAAUAUCGACCUCCAUCGAUCUCUCUGGAUUCUUCUCUGAUUUCUGUUUUCUUCCUCUCAAUCGCCGCCACCGGAAGCCACCGGAAUUUUUUAUUUUGGAACCAAAAGUAUCAAUGCAUCGACACCCAUCAUCGACGGCGUUUUCAUCUCCGAUGGAUCAUAUGAACCCUAAAUUCCCAGACCACGAGCAUCAUCUCAAAUGUCCGCGGUGCCAAUCCAGCAACACAAAAUUCUGUUACUACAACAACUACAAUCUCUCACAGCCUCGCCAUUUCUGUAAAAACUGUCGUCGUUAUUGGACUAAAGGCGGAACACUUCGCAACAUCCCCGUCGGUGGCGGGACUCGCAAAAUCACCAAACGAUCUUCAAAUCCGAACAGACGCACUUCACCGGCGAUGGCGCCACCACCUCCAAUUCCAGCUGAGCAACAACCGAAAUCCGAACCAUCGUCUAUUGUUUACGGAUUUGGUAAUCAACAGAUGGAAGGUGAUGGUGGUGGAAGCUUCAGUUCGUUGCUGGGAUCGAGUUCUAUGGGAGCAUUUGGAAAUUUGUUAAUGGAUGGUUUGAGUUCGAAUCUAGUGAGUAAAUCCGACGAUGAUGAUGUGUUGAUCCGAAAUCCUGUUGCGGAUGAAUUUCGAAGCAGUUUUUUGAGAUUGAAUGAUAACAACGAUCAGAAGGAAAGUGGAAAUGGAAAUGGAAAUGGAAAUGGAGGUGGAAGAGGAGAAUCGAGCUGUUGGAAUGGAGGAGAGAAUGGGUGGCCUGAUCUAUCCAUUUUCACACCAGGUACGAGCUUCCAAUAGAUUUUAGUACUAAUUUUAAUUAAUUAACUGAAAUUGUAGUAGAUGAUGAUAUGAAAUCCAAUGGAUCAAUGAAUUAAUCGUAUAAUAUAAGUUUGUGAGGUUUGAUUUGAA